CGAAAGUUGCUGAAACGUGGCACUGAGCUGCGGGAUACUGAGCGUGCGCGCGCGCGCACAUGCGCAGCUGGGGCAUCCUGUUCUCGCACCCGUCGGACUUCACACCGGUUUGCACGACGGAGCUGGGCUCCAUGGCCAAGAUCCACAGGGACUUCGAGAAGACCAACAUCCGGGUCAUCGCCCUGUCCUGCAACUCCAUCGAGUCGCACACCCACUGGAUGAAGGACAUUCAGGCGUUCAACGACUUGGAGAGCCCCAUGCUGCCCUUCCCCAUCAUCUCGGACGAAAAUCGGGACUUGGCCGUCCAGCUGGGCAUGCUCGACCCCGAAGACAAGGACAGCGAGGGCAUUCCCUUCACCUGCAGAGCGGUGUUCGUCAUCGGGCCGGACAAGAAGCUCAAGCUUUCCAUGCUGUAUCCGGCGACCACCGGACGAAACUUCCCGGAGUUGCUCCGUGCCGUGGCCUCCCUUAAACUCACCCACGAAAAGAAGGUGGCCACGCCGGCAAACUGGAAGCCGGGUGAUCCCUGCAUGGUGAUUCCCACGGUGAAAGACGAGGAGAUCCCGCUGCUGUUUCCCAAAGGAGUCACCUCGUACAACAUGCCCUCCGGCAAGAACUACAUCCGCGUCACCCCUCAGCCCGACCUUUGAACGCCUCCUCACCCACCCCUUGCGUCACCACUAUACGCUGCAGCAGCAAGGGGCCGAUCGCCGGUCUUACCACGUAGUGGCUCCAAAGAAGCACGCCGGACGACGUCAUCCGCCACUCUUGCACGACAGAUAGACAGUUUCGACCUUAACCACAUUAGCAAACAAUCUAAGCUGCCAAGGGACAUCCAAAGAAGGUCCUGGAUGCAUACUGCCCCGCGACGGAUUCAUCCAGUCUAGCCAAUA